AUGUCCACUAUAGUUUACCAAAGCUUGGAGUCCGGCAGCUCCACCACGCUAAAGCUGCAGGUGGCGCCGCCAUCCGCGGUGGUGACGGCUGGCGUUGACCGGCCGGCGAAUCUCGAAUUUGGAAACUGGGGUUUCCUCCAAACAGCCACUAGAGAAACAGGGGAAUAUUACAGAGACACCAACCCAUGGGCAUAUAAAUCUUCCUUCUCCUCCCUCAGCGCAAAAUCACUGGAGCUCUGCACCGAGAAUCUCGGCAGCGAAACCGGCAGCGACGUCAUCAUCCCCGGCGCCGGCGACGACGCCGUUUUCUCCGACCAUCUGCCUCCGGUCGAGCAAUCGAUCACAGAUUUCAGCGCCCAAAUCGACACCUACACCAAGCGACACCCUGAUCCCCCUAAGAACACCGUCCGCCGCGAGGCGAAGAGCAUCCCACCGCCGCUGACGUCGAUGACCGGCGCGAACUCGCUGCAGGUUCGCCGCCACAGGGAGGGCGGGCGACUGAUCCUCAAGGCUGUGGAGGCGCCGUUCAGGAAGGCGUACCUCCAGGCGGAGAGGAGCGACGGGAGGCUCCGCCUGAGCUACGUGACGGCGGAGGCCACCAUCUCCGCCGCCGCCGGAGAACAGGAAGAGGAUGAAUUUGAGGAUGGAUCAGCGGCGGCGGAGGAGGAGGAGGAGAAAGAAGAAGAAGAAGAAAAGGGGGAAAUUGAGGAGGUUGGGAGUGAGUUGGGAUCGGAAUUGGACGGAGAAAUCGAAAUCAACGGAGAAAUUGACGGUAAUUUGGAGAAAUAUAAAAGGCAGAGGAGGUGCAACGAAGAACGGAGCCGCAGUAGAUGGAAGCCGUCCCUCUGCCUGGCCAUUUCCUAA